UUGUUGUUGUUGUUGUUGUUUGUUUUUCAUUGUUAUCAUUUGUGCUUGGUGUUGCUCGGAAUACUCGCGGGUACAACAUUUGUAAAAGAUUCUGAUGCAGCCGAUGAAAUGCAACACAUGAAUAAUGUUUGCUGUAGUUGGAUCUCCUUGGUGUCCUGUAAACGACGCAUGAAGAUGAGCACUAGCACUCCUGGUGUGUGUCAGUCCAACACAGAGACGUUAUAAUGUUCCUCAUGGAGAGAGACAGGCAGACCCCUGAAUACCAUUCAGCUUCAGUGAAAGAACUAACACAGACCUGGCAGAAAUGGUCUGAAGAUCACAAGGAUUAUCAGAAACACAAUCCAUUCACUAGUGAUGAGGUGAUGGCCUUUCGUCCUGAGUGGGGUCAGGAGGACUAUGGCCGACCUCCGGAGGGUUCUCGCACUGAGCGCAGAGGCAAGGAAGCUCACUCCCAUAUCGGCAGAGAGGUGACGGAGCUGUGCCAGAUUAUUAGAGAACUUGGGCACAGGCGAGAAGAUGGGAGAUGGGAAGUUGAGUUUGGCAGACUGUUUGAAUUUUAUGUCUCUAUUUCGAACAAGCUAGUGGGAGUGCUGCUCCGGGCACGGAAACAAGGGCUAGUGCAAUUCAAAGGGGAGAUGCUGUGGCAAGGAAAAGAUGAUCGAGUGCUUAUCUCACUGCUUCCAUAAAAAAUUCUUAACAUACAAACAAAUUAUGACGAUUAAAAUUGUAUAAAGUGCUUUUGGAUAAGGCCACUAUCCUUGGUUUUUCUUUGAGUGAGUUCCCAGUUACAACAAAGAUUCAAAUCUGCAUUGAGUGGGCUCGGCUCAGUGACACAUGCAUUAAAGGAACAGUGUGUAAUCUUUAGAGCCCACUGCUGUCUGCUCAGAAAAUUGCAACUGCAAUGAAAACAUUUACAUGAUUUCCUAUACCUCCCAGCUGCCUCUAACCCCUCUGCUAAAACUAUUCAUGCCUUGUCAGUUUCUGUUUAGGAUAAACAGGGCAGCUGUGCUUUUGCUGGGGUUGGAGUAUGAUUUCAUACUCGGUUUAAGGUAUCCCAGGUGUCGUAAGUAAUCUACACAUGAAUAUUUGCAUGGAUUAAAAAUGACAAUAUAUUCAUUUGUCCAUAGAAGAUACCAGUGUACGUUUUUCAUUAGACUACAAGCUGACGUUGCACAUUAACAUGACAAUCAUUUUGUAUGAUUUAUUAAUAAAAGUGGCAGGAUUUACAGUGCAUACGGAAAGUAUUCACAGUGCUUCACUUUUUCCACAUUUUGUUAUGUUACAGCCUUAUUCCAAAAUGGAUUAAAUUCAUUAUUUUCCUCAAAAUUCUACAAACAAUAGCCCAUAAUGACAACAUGAAAGAAGUUUGUUUGAAAUCUUUGCAAAUUUAUUAAAAAUAAAAAGCAAAAAAGCACAUGUACAUAAGUAUUCACAGCAGGUGGGCUGCAGGUGAGAUGGAAUAUACCAAAAAUAAACACUUAAAUGACUGUUUCAGACCUGCAAACAUUUACACAUUUUGUAUAGGAGCUCUGCGUUUUAACAUAUAAUACAUCAAAAGAGCAGUCUUUGUUUUCACUGCUAAUAAAAACAGCUUAUUCAACAUAUGAAUCCAGAAUAACUGAGUCGCGUAGGUGAUUUGAGAUCUCCGCUUGAAAGAUGCGCUGAAGUGGCAUCAUCGUUUUGUCUUGGUAAAUGUCAUUGUGAUUUUUUUUGUACCAUGA